UAAAACAGGAGAGGGUGUGGUCCCCAUGUCUGUCCAUGAAGAGUGAUUGUUCCAUGGACAGGCCCAUUAUGUUUGGAAAAGAUGCCAGUGAGCUGACAGCCAGUCUACUGACAGAGGACCACUUCAGAUGUUCAGUGUGUACAGAGGUUUUCAAAGAGCCAGUCUCCAUCCCCUGUGGACACAGUUACUGCAGACGGUGCAUUGAGACCUACUGGAACCAGACAGGAGACUACUACUGCCCCCAGUGCAGAAAGAGAUUCAGAACCCGUCCUGACCUCCUCACUAACUCAGCCUUGGAGAAGGUGAUUGAGAAACUCCACCAGGCAGGGUUCAAGGUCCCUGCUCUUCCCAAGCACUGCUACGCUGGACCUGGAGAUGUGGCCUGUGAUUUCUGCACUGAGAAACAGCUCAAAGCUGUGAAGUCCUGUCUGACCUGCACUGCCUCCUACUGUGAGAGCCAUGUCAGACGUCACUACACCGUAGCAGCUCUACAGAGACACACCCUGGUGGAGGUGACUGGAAACCUGGAGCAGAAACUGUGCCAGCUGCACCACAGAGCUCUGGAGGUCUUCUGUAAGACAGACCAGGUUUCUGUUUGUGUUCUGUGUGCCUUACAGGACCACAGGAACCACGAUGUCAUAAAGAAUGAGAGAGAUACUGAAGAGGAAAACACCAAAACUCAGGAGGAACACAUUGCCUCCAGGCUGGAAGCUCGACUCCAGAGAGAGAUCAUGAUUCUACAACAUAAUACAGAGGAGCUUCCUGCUGAGAACUCUGAUCAGAAUGUCAAGAACGCGACCAUUGAGCUGAACAAUCCUGCCAAGCAUUUCUGCAGAAGCCUGACUGAAGACUGGACAACAGACAGUGUUGUGGUGGCUGCCCUCGGUCGUCCCUUCGAUCUUGGGAUGUUGUAUGACUGCCGCAGUGACUCAUUUUAUUCAGAUGUCAGUCUUUGGGAUAAAAGUACAAUAGCCUCCAUGUGUCAUUCUCUACCUCGGCCUCUCACAGAGGUGAAGUGUGUUGAAGGAGACUCCCUUCAGGACAGAUUCAGGGCUCUGGAUGUGACCACUCCUCUCAGAGCCAGUGUCUUGUCUGGACUGGUGGAGGUUGGAGGUGCUGCUGGAUACCUGAACCAUCCUGUUCAGUCCACACUGCAGGACCGGGUCACUCUACAGUACAGAACCACUACCAGACUGGACAUGCUCAGUCACAGGGUGCUUCAGGAGGAGACAGUCAGAACACAACGAAAGGCAACUCAUGUGGUCAUGGCUGUUCUCUAUGGAGCUCAAGCGUUCUUUAUCUUUGAUUACAAACACAUCAGCGGACAACACAGUGUUACAGGAGAGGCAGAUAUGCACAGUGUUGUAAAGAAGAUGAUCCCCACCUUCAGUGCAGAUCAGAUCUUUUCCAGCUUGAGUGACACUGAGAAACUGAACAGUUCGUUGUAUCAGUGUACUCUCUACUGUGAUUUAGACCAUAUCAAUGGCUCCAUGACGUAUGACAGAGCUCUAAAAGUCUAUGAAAAUUUCCCGAAGCACCUUGGACAGCAAGGAGAGAAAGCAGUGCCUCUGUACGCAUGGCUCUAUCCUCUGAAGAAUCUGGACAAUUCUGUUGAAAUUCAAUUUUUCACAAAGGCAGAGGGUGUGCUGGACCAUCUGAGGCAGGCCACCAUGAGAUGCCAGGAGAUGAUGACAGACUUCACCAAUGGUUGUGUGAUGAAAUGGUUUCCUGAUCUGAAGUAUAAACUGUCUAGAUUAUCAGAGCUUCUGCAGACGUACCAGUCGCAGUUUAAGAGAGAGCUGGCCAUGGCAGUAAAGACCAUGAGAGAGAGUGAAGCGGUGGAUGAAAACAGACUGAGAGACAUUCUCCAGAACCAUGACCAGUCACCGUUCUGUCCUCAGUCCAUACAGUUGUGGCUAAACAACAAGGCAGCGGAGGUGAAGGCUCUGAAUGUCUGUAAAACAAGAAACAUCCCCAUAAUGAAAUCUGAGGAAGAGCUGGACGGUGUCCUCAGAUCAUCAAAGGACAGGCUGCUGUGUUUCACUCUGACCUCCCUGGAGGAUGAAGAUCCAUUCCUCUCCACCAUGGAGCAGCACAAACACUCUGUUCUAAUGAACACCGUGAACCAAUCUGAUCUCACUGGACAGCAGCACAAACACUCUGUUCCAAUGAACACCGUGAACCAAUCUGAUCUCACUGGACAGCAGCACAAACACUCUGUACAAGAGAACACCGUGAACCAAUUUGAUCUCACUGGACAGCAGCACAAACACUCUGUACAAGAGAACACCGUGAACGAAUCUGAUCUCACUGGACAGCAGCACAAACACUCUGUACAAGAGAACACCGUGAACCAAUCUGUUCUCACUGGACAGCAGGAGACACAGCGACCAUUCAAACCUCCCGAUUUAACUCAGAAAAUACAGUCUGCCCUCCGCUUGUUCUCCAAAUCCUAUGAAGUCAGAAGAGAUGGAGAGAACAUCAAGUUCAUAGCAGCAGUUAUACCAGAUAUCCGUGUUCCUGGAUCCUCCAUUCGUCUAUAUCAACAAGGCAGUCUCAUCACUACUAACUUCCAGCUGGGAUUAAAACCUGAUCCAGUCCAGGUAGCAGAGAUAAAACAGAGCUGUGUCCUCCUGCAGUUUCCACAGUCAACCAUCAGAAGACCUGAGAGGUACAGAGUAGAGUACAGAGUCAUGACUACUGGUGUUAUCAAGGUUAGCAAACGGCCAUGGAAUGUAGUAGACACCCAGGCUCCUGCAGAAACCUGUCUGGUGCCAGGUCUGAAACCGUUCACACUGUACCAGAUCAGGUACUCUGUUAUAGAACACUCUGGUAUGAGUGACUUUAGCAAGGUCAUUGAGGUCAAGACCCUGAGAUCCCCACCUGAACAGCUGUAUGUGAGCCGGCUGCUGAACAAAACAAAGGAAACUGUCAAAGUGACUUGGUUCCAGCCUGAGUGUGAAGAUGGUGCCUCUGUACUCCACUACAAAGUAGACUAUAAAGAGACAGGACUGGAGGGCUGGUCUACCAUGGUAACAGAGGGACCUGAAUGUUACUGUGAUGUAACUCUGAACCUCAGUACCUGCUACAGAGUCAGAGUGUCAGCUGUCUAUGGAGAAAGAGACACCAGUGAAACCAGCAGAGAGACAGAUGUCCCAGUCAAUGUCUGGUAUUUAGACCUCUCAGAGAGAAAGGCCUCCCUCCUCCUAGAAGUGCUGAAACUCCAACCAGAGAAGAAACCAGUAGAGCUGAAGGGCUGGUCAGAUGAAGAGAGUGAAGUGAGGAGUUUCCUUCAGUGUCUGCCCUACAUCUCACAGCUGAGGUUAGUGUUUUUUCAGAGAU